AUGAUCCCCAAUGCCAUGGGAACAAGCCGCAACAGGUACAGCAUUGUGUCGGACACUUUACCAGCAGAAGAGCGUGAGAAGAUCUGCAAUCUGAGGCUGAGAAACGGUUCUUCGGGCUGUAACAUCGAGGUAGAUGACAGCAGCAGGAGGAGGUCUGGAGCCUCUGGACCCAGAGGACAGCGUGUGAAUGGCAGGAUCCAGACGAGAAACUCUACUCAGGGAAGAAACCGUUUUGUAAAGAAGAAUGGACAAUGCAACGUGGUCUUCACAAACCUGGAGGAAAAAAGCCAACGCUACCUGGCAGACAUCUUCACCACAUGUGUGGACAUACGCUGGAGAUAUCUGUUACUUUUUUUUACUGCCACCUUCCUAAUCUCUUGGACGUUCUUUGGUCUGAUAUUCUAUGGAGUGGCAAUGGCACAUGGGGACUUUCAGGGUAAUGUGUCAGGACAUGCAAUGAUGGGUGGACCAAACACGGGCCACACUGGGCAGCCCCUGACAAUGCCCUGUAUACUCCAUGUUCAGGGCUUUGUGGGGGCACUGCUCUUCUCCAUGGAAACGCAGACCACAAUUGGCUAUGGUUGGCGUUGCGUGACAGAGGAGUGUCCUGUGGCAGUGAUAACUGUAGUGAUCCAGUGUAUUGUUGGUUGUAUUAUUGAAUCCUUCAUGAUCGGCACCAUCAUGGCUAAGAUGGCACGUCCCAAGAAACGGAACCAGACGCUCAUGUUCUCUAAAAAUGCUGUAAUCUCCAUGCGGGAUGGUAAACUGUGUCUCAUGUGGAGGGUGGGCAACCUGCGGAGAAGUCACAUAGUAGAGGCCCAUGUGAGAGCCCAGCUCAUACGCUCCUAUGUCACUACUGAAGGGGAAUUCAUCCCACUGGAGCAGAUGGACCUGAAUGUGGGAUAUGAUGAAGGCACAGACAGGCUGUUCCUGGUGUCUCCUCUGGUGAUAGUGCACACGAUCGACAAUGACAGCCCUCUGUACACACUCAGCAAAGAUGAUCUGCAGAUGGAUGACUUUGAAAUAGUAGUGAUCCUCGAGGGCAUGGUGGAGGCCACAGCCAUGACUACACAGUUCCGUAGUUCCUAUCUGGCUCAAGAGAUCUUUUGGGGCCAUAGGUUUGAGCCAGUCAUAUAUAAAGACAGGGAUCGGUAUAAGAUAGACUAUGCCCUUUUCCACAACACUUAUGAGGUGCCAUCCACACCUCAUCUUAGCGCCAAAGAGUUGGAAGAAACAUGUAGCCGCUCCUCAUCAGAAUGCAAGACCAGUAAAGAUUUGAUUUCAAAAUCUUUGAGCCCCUUCUGCUAUGAGAAUGAGGCUCUGAACAGCACAGAGGAAGAGGAGGACCAGUUGACCACAUGUCCCCCAAAGGGGAGGGACUGGCCUGCGGACAGAAGGACUUCCAUUACAUCAGGCAACAACAAUGUCAUGUGUGUGCUGGACAUGGACAACAACCAAAUGGAGCUGAGCAUCCUCAAGCCUGCCUUACCACUGGAUCCAGUCACCUUCAAAAGCGAAGACAUUUAA